AUGAAGAGGAGGAUGAAGAGGACAGAGAGGCACGCGGUGUAUGCAGAGCUUUUCAGAGAGGAGAGUGUACUCGUGGUGGUUCUUGUAAAUUUUCCCACGACGAGAAAAGAGCUGCAAAUACUGGUUGGGGUCAAUGAAGAUGAUAGAAGCGCCAUGUGGGAUCAUGCAAGUUUUAUGUCUAACCUAAACAUCAACCGUGACUCCCUGAGGCCACAGGGGAAAAACUAA